AUGUCGGCAACUCAACCGAUCAAUAAGGUCGUGCUGAUUGGGGCCGGAGGAAAUCUGGGUGCAAUCAUCCUGGCCGCGUUACUCAAUGCGAAAGCUUUCCAAGUCACCAUUGUGACGAGAGAAUCGAGCUCGGCAUCUUUCUCACCAGACCUGAGUGUGGUCAGGACAGCCUACACCGAAAACAAGCUCGUGAAAGCAUUUGCAGGACAUGAUGCGGUCAUUUCUGCUGUGGGUGCCACCGGCUUUCUGGAUCAGAAAGUGAUCAUCGAUGCUACGGUCAAAGCAGGUGUCAAAAGAUUCAUCCCGUCAGAGUUCUCGUCGAAUACCCGAAGCGAGGCUGUUCGUCAUCUCGUCCCUGUAUUUGAGCCGAAGAAGAUGGUGUUGGAUUACUUGAAGGCGAAAGAAGCAUCUGGCUUAACGUGGACAGGCUUAGCAACUGGCAUCUUGCUUGACUGGGCAUUCCAGGUCGGGUUCCUAGGAUUCGAUCUUGUCAACAAAAAGGCCGAGAUUUGGGAUGACGGCAACGUGGCUUUCUCUGCCACGACGCAGGAUGACUUUGGAAAGGCCAUCAUCGGCAUCCUGACACAUCCUGCCGAGACGGCAAAUCAGUAUCUUUACGUCUCGAGCGUCACAACCACUCAGAGAGCAAUCUUGGAAGUAGUCCAGUCUCAUACCGGGCAGGGAUGGACUGUUCAACAUGUCAAGACGGAUGAAGAGAUUGCUCGCGGCAGAGAAUUGGUUGCAAAAGGUGACUUCUCCGGCAUGUUUGCUCUCGUUAAAGCUUCAGCUUGGGGAACAGUACCAGGAAUCAGGACAAAUUAUCCUGUCGACGAGAACUUGGCAAAUGAACUCAUUGGCUUGCGGGCGGAGAGCAGCAUAGACGAAGUCAUGAGGAAUGUGCUCAGAUCUGUUGCAUAGACGUUGAAUGGGUUGCGGAUGGGCCCAAUGGACAACUUUAGAAUACAGCAUACUUCCUACACUUCCAACGAACAAAGAGCGAGGAGAUUGUUGUCACUGUAAGAGUUGGCCCUGACCAGCGGUAAUGAUAUUAACUGUGGGAGGCCUGAAAUGGGGUAAUUCUUGCGUAUCUUCCCC